CUGAAGAAGAAGAAGAAGCUUUUAUUCUGAAAAAUGUUGUGUGUUUUUUACGGAUUCUUACCAAUGAGACAUCUCUUCAAUACAGUCGAUUGAUAGACUUCGAGCGGCGGCGAACAGGCAUGAUGGGAGUCCCUGUGUUCUUUGUGGUGGUGCUAGCAUUUAUCUGUCACAGCCACAGCCUGGAAAUACAAAACCCUUUCUACAGGUUCAAAAGGUCUCAGGAAAAUGUCUUGUCAGAUCCCAGUGACUGUGUGUCCAGGACCAAGCAGCAGGUCUUAAACUCUCACAACUUCUCUGUGGAAAUUCGGAUGCCUGGUGUUGUCCCAACUGGGUCAGACACUUACCUGUGCACAACAUUUCCUGUGCCCACUAGUCGAGAUGCAUAUAUUGUGGACUUCAUACCUCAUGCCAGUAUGGACACAGUUCAUCACAUGCUUCUGUUUGGCUGCCGGACUCCUGUGUCCACCAGCAGCUACUGGGACUGUGGCAGUGUACAAGGCACUUGUGCAGAUGAGGCAUCCAUUAUGUAUGCCUGGGCUCGGAAUGCACCACCUACUAACUUACCCAAAGAUGUUGGUUUUAAAGUUGGAAGAAAUUCAGGAAUAUCCCACUUUGUGCUGCAGAUCCAUUAUGGAGAUGUCAGUGCUUUCAGAGACCAUCAUAGAGAUUGCUCAGGACUUACCUUAAGAAUGACAUCCAAACCGCAGCCAUUCAUUGCUGGUAUAUACCUGCUAAUGUCUGUGGACACAGUUAUCCUUCCAGGAAAAAGAGUUACAAAUGCAGACAUCGCCUGUGAUUACACUUCAUAUCCCAUCUACCCAUUUGCCUUCCGGACCCACACACACCACCUUGGUAAAGUGGUCAGUGGCUACAGGAUCCGAGACGGGAAGUGGAGCCUGAUUGGGAGACAAUCCCCUCAGCUACCACAGGCAUUCUAUCCUGCUAAUAAGGAGGUGAAUGUAAAGUAUGGUGACACCAUUGCAGCCAGAUGUUUGUUUACUGGGGAGGGCAGAACCUCCAAAACGUAUAUCGGCGGUACCUCUGAUGAUGAAAUGUGCAACUUCUAUAUAAUGUACUACAUGGACAGCAAACAUGCCAUCCCCUACAUGAACUGCAUGGAAUCUGGCUCCAAAGAGCUGUUUCAGCAUAUUCCAGCUGAGGCCAAUGUUCCCAUAGCUGUCAGUCCAGGUCAUAUGAACUCUAUGAUGCAUAUGGUGCACUCAACAGAUCAUCAAGAAAACCGGGUGCUACUGGAUACAAACAGAGCUGAGCAGGUUCUGGAUCAGGGUCAUCCCUAUUCACUUAUGUCUAAGCUGCUAGACCAGAGCAAGGACGUAGUUCACAUUCAUAAGUUCAAACCCAGCGAGAUGCAAAAAGCCCAGGCUGAGUUGGUGGCUCAGAUUGAUAGCUUAAUGCAACAGAAACACCAGGGCUCUCCCAGUGCCAAACUAGCCUUCCAAACCAGGGAAGAUCCUGUUUUAGUGAGGGACAGAGUCCAUAAAUUCCAUCAGCUUGAGGCCACUGCCAAGCCGCCAAGAAGCAAGCUGCUAGCUAAAGGACAAGACUACCAUUUGGAGCAAGUCUCAGCAUGGCCGCAGAGUUCUCUCCAGCUGGGUCAGGUGUCAGGACUUACCCUUGACUCUGACUCUAACUUGGUCAUUUUCCACAGAGGUGACCACCACUGGGGGGCAGACUCUUUCAACAGCCAGGCUAGAUAUCAACAGAGGUCCCUAGGUACAAUUCAGCAGUCCACGAUUUUGGUUGUGGACCCUGCCCAAGGCAAUAUCCUGAAGGCUUCUGGCAGAGACAUGUUUUAUUUGCCUCAUGGAAUAACUACUGACAAGAAGAAUAAUUACUGGAUCACUGAUGUGGCUCUUCAUCAGGUGUUAAAAGUGAGCAGUGACGGCAGAGACAGAAUGUUGCUGGCACUGGGAGAGGCUUUCAUACCAGGAAGUGACAACAACCACUUCUGCCAGCCCACUGAUGUGGCUGUAGAUACUGAGACUGGAAACAUUUUUGUGUCUGAUGGCUACUGCAAUUCCAGAAUACUGAAAUUCUCUGCUGAUGGCAAAUACCUGUCUGAGUGGGGUGCAGGCUCGUCAGACAGAAGGCACAUACCGUUCCGGAUCCCCCACAGCCUGGUGUUUCUUCCUGACAGACAGGAAAUUUGUGUGGCUGACAGAGAGAAUGGACGUAUCCAGUGCUUCAUAGCCGAAACUGGAGUGUUUGUCAAGGAAAUAAAGAAAGAGGAGUUUGGAGGGGAGGUGUUUGCCAUAACCUACAGCCCUGUUGGAGAUGGCUUGAUCUUUGCAGUAAAUGGGGAAUCUCCAUAUCGCUCAGCUCCACUAAGAGGUUUUGUAAUAGAUUAUUCAACCACGGACAUAUUGGAUACCUUCAACCCAGAGAAAAAGGAGUUUAAAAUGCCUCACGACAUAGUUGAAACCAGUGAUGGUAUCGUCUUUGUUGGGGAUGCAGGCAGUAAAUCAGUCUUCAAGUUCACCACUGAGAAGUUACAUCGCUCCGUCAAGAAAGCUGGAAUCGAGGUUCAAGAACUUGAAGAAAUGGAGACAUUUGUCCAAACUAAGGUGAGGCCGGAGCACAACAUGUCGAAGACAGCAGCCAUCCAAGAGAAGCAAACUGUGGCUCGACAGCCUCAACCACAAGAAGAUAAAAAAGAGGAGAAGAAGAGUGCAGCAAAGCCAAACAAAGAGUGGGGUGUACUCCCAGCCAUUAUCACUACACUUCUGCUCAUCCCUCUGCUGGUGGUCAUCUCCAUUGGAGUCUUUAUCUGCUGGAGGAAAAACAACCGAUGUGAGGCGAAAACUGAACCCAGCUCUGUGGGAGGGAUCCUGGGAAAAAUAAGAGGUAAAGCUGUGGGCAGUCUGAACCUUGGGAACUUCUUUGCAUCCCAUAAGGGUUACAGUCAAGGCUUUGACCAGCUGAGUACUGAAGGCAGCGACCAGGAGAGGAAUGAUGAGGACAGCAGCGACUCCGAGAAUGAGGAGUACUCUGCUCUGCCGCCUCUUCAGUCCUCCUCUUAGACACUCUGGGACCAGCCACCAACCUUCGUUUUUUCUGGCAACUCAAGAUGUAUGUUAUUCAUCAUGUGUGUAACUGUUGUGUUAGCUGCCAAUCGUAUUGUUUAUAUAUUUAAAUAUAUGCUGUAUAUAAAAUAAUUUAGCAUAAUUUAGACAAUUUAUUUCAUCUUUAUUUAAUUUACCUGUGGUCUUGAUGCAGCCUUUGGUGACACAAUUCACACAUAUCACGAUGAAAGAUUGUUUUUCCGACAUCAAACUUGCAUUUAGUGAAAUUAUUAGCACAAUCCCCUGGACACACGUUACAAUAUUUGGUGUCAGAUUCAACCUCAACACAAGACCAAUGGGCUGAGAUAACUCAACUUUUUAUUUUUUCUUAUUUUAGAGAUUUUCUUAAAAUGAGGAUCAGGAACUUAAAAAAAUUCUUGAAAUAAGUUAUUUGGUAUUGUAAACAGGUAAAAAAAAUCUAAGCCCAUUUGUGGAUUUUAUUUUAUUUUAACUAAGAUUUGUGGAUUUUUAUUUUAUUUUAACUAAAAAUAAACCCAACUUUACUGAAUUACUUUUUUAGAUGGGGAAUUUCUAUGACUGAAAUGUGGUCAAGUAUUUUACAGUUAGUCAGUUGAUGUUAUAUAUUUGUACUUACAGUGACCAGUUUGAAAACCUUAAUGGCUCUGUUUUCAUGGCAGUGCUAUGACCAGCACAAGCAGAACGACAGUUUGGUAUUUUUCUGAUCAUUAGACAUUAGCUUUGUCCAUAUGUUUGCUCAGGUGGGAAGAGAGAUACAAACAGGUGGAAGUGCAGAGAGAGUCCUUAGAGUUUUGGGAGAAGUUUGGUGAAGGUGAGAAUAGAUGUCUCUGAACCAUGUCUGUUUCUGAGGCAAAGUCACUCCGCUGCCAAUUUGUUGAUUCUGUCAACAAGAGCAAACUAAAUACAUUGAGAGAAAUGUAUUAAACAUUCAAGUAAGUGCAUUUUAAUUGCCCCUUUUGGCCAAUUUUAAGCACAUUUGGUUCCUUUAAUGUGGUUAAACCCAAAAGGAACUUGAUGGAACAUCAGUAAAUUGAUGAUCUUUAAAAUAAUAUGAGUGAUUCUUACAGUUUCUGUUAUGUACAGCUGCUUUAUACUGUAUGAACAGUUUUUCCUUUAGUUCAUCUCUGCAGACAUCUGAGGGCAUCAGGACAUGUAUAUCGAUAAAUAUACAGCCUCUGAUUUAAGGAGUGCCACAGCAGCGGUUGUAUUCUCAUUGUUUAUGAGGGAGACACUAGAUUACAGGGAAUCAUGGACCCAGUGUAUUAACUCAAAAGUACCAUUUCAUACAAUAUGAUUAAUUAUUUACAUUCUGAGAUACAGUAGAAUUAAGCCUGAAAUAGUUUUGGAUUAAUCGUGUAAAUGGCGUCAGCAAACCUUUUUUAUUCUUUUUUUCAAUUGUCAUUGUCAAACCCAUCUGCCUCUGGCUGCAGAUUUGUGGUACUCUGUAUUAACAUUGUGCCACUCUGCAUCAUCAGUCAACAAUCUGAUUUCCUGAUGGCUGUUUCACAAAAGCAGAAUUUAUAAAUCCAGGAUAACUGAUAAAGCGAGGCUUGACCUAGUCUAAUCUGUGCUUGGUGCCAAGCCAAGCUGAGGAGGAGCAACUAGGUCAAGCCAGGUUGAAGAAAUUCGGAUACAUGCGCUUUUCUUAACAGAACCGCAAGGUCGAUCACAGAUUUACUGAUGUUAAACUGAUGUUGAUACUUUAUACAGAGUGAGAAGCAGCUUCUUGUGGAAGUAUGAUAACGUGAAACACAUUAGUUGUAAAAAAAGAAACAGCGAGAUUUCUCUCGCUGUUUGAGUGGCAGAUGAUCACAGAGCGACUGAAUGCGUAAGUAGCCUAAAAAUAUACAUUAACUGACCACUGCUCUGAACUGAAAGUCAUAAUUGAGUUAUAGUCGACUAAAACUUGACUAAACAUUUGGCACAAGACUAAGACUAAAUUAAAAAUAGGUGACAAAAUUAACACUAUAAUGCAGGCAGAUAAUAAUAAGGUAAAACCACUGCUGAGUGAACAGAAAAGGCUCCAGGAUUAAUAAAUCCUAGCUGUUAGCCUGGUUGGGAGCAGACUAGCUGUAAAGAAUAAAUCUCCAUGGUAACUUAGGUGCCUCUGCUUUUGUGAAACCGAGUCAAGGCUAAAUUGAGCCAGGAUAACUGGGAAAUCCCGGCUUAAUCGCUUAUCUUGGUUUUGUGAAAUAGCCCUCAGGAUAAGCAGAUACUUCUUUUGCUGAGCUGUUGCUGUUAUGCUUCACUGUGAUUGGCUUAGCUGUUUAAGCGCGAUGAGAGCAGUGAUGUGAUUGGUUGUAUUUGGUUAUUGCCACACCUCCUCAUCUAUAUUCCACUUCACCCAGCCCUUUUACACUUUGCGCUGCUGAACCAAAGUAUCAGGUGAGCUUGUAGGCGCACAGUCCGAGGGCCCGAGAUGUACCACUUUUGCUGGUCACUGCGUUUGCUACAUUAAAAUAGGGCCCUAAAAAAGGAACAGAAAACAUAAAUACAGUGCUUUUCACGACAUUUAAAUAUCUGAGGAAAAAUUCAGUUAUGCAGGAUUAAUUAUGGAAUUUAGCAAUUUUAUUGUGAUUUUAAAAAUGAAUAGUUUAACAGCACUGAUGUGGUAUACAGUAUAAACCGUUUAGUUCUUCCAUGUAGUAAUGCUAAACACAGCAUUAUUUCAACAUAAUUGUUUGGUUAAUAUUUUAGUUCAGUAACAUUUCACUUGUAAUGUUGUGCCUUUUCUGUAUUUUGCCUUUCUUCAGCAUCUGCCAUUACAAAAUGUACCAUGGGAUGAAAACAGCUGCUGUUAGUAGAACUUGUACUAUAUUGAUUUCUCUUCAUUCAAGUGAAUGGAAAAUGUAUAUUGUGUGUGUGUGUGUGUGUGUGUGUGUGUGUGUGUGUGUGUGUGUGUGUGUGUGUGUGUGUGUGUGUGUGUGUGUGUGUGUAAGAUGCCAAUCAAACAGCCAAGUCUCAAGCACUGUAACUAUUACAUCAAACUAACUUCAGACAGAAUAAAGAAAUAGCAUGAAUUGAGAAA